AUGUUGGGUAACAUUCUCGCCCACCUCUACUCGUUGCCUGAAGCAGCCGCCGUAGAUUCGACCGCCAUCGAACCGCCAUCUACAACGUACCAUUCAUCGCCGCAUCCUCCAUACCCCUUAACCGCCAAUAAUCCUCAACUGCCGUCUCCGUCGCUACAACCCAACUAUCCGGGCGCACACACCUCGACUCCUUCCCCUCCACCCCCCGCAGCGCUUUCUCCCGCGCUCGCGCCCGGCUUUGGCCGCUCGCCGCGCAGGGCACCCGAUAACACUCCAGUGUCGCUCUUGCAAUCACCCUUUCGAACCCGCGGCGCAGUUGCGACAUCCAGCUCUCCCCUCCACCGCCAGUACGCCCAGUUCCAUUCUCCUCAUCGCCAAUCCCCUGCUCGUCUUUGGAAUCCAACCAAUUCCACCCCGAGGCUUCCACCUGCUCCUGCUGCAGCAACUCGGAGGAGACGCCAGUCAUCGCCUCCGCCGCCGGCGAUCCCUCUCUCGCUGCCCUCGCCCCACCUCGAUUUCGAUCCGUCAUAUCCAACAGCUACCGCCGCCGGCGAUCAGCCAUUGUUAACCGUACCCGAGAACCAACAACAGCCACGGCAUUCAGUCAUCAGUGCUCGAGCCAGUCUGCAGCUUGAGCGUAGUACAGGCAGUGGGCAGCGUUCCCCCCUGCCGCGCACACUUCGACAUUCCCUUGAAGGGAAACGAGCUAGCAUACCACCUUCGCCCAUUGAACGAGUGGAGGAGACAGACGCAGGACCCUCUCGCAUCCGCGCUAUUGAAGAAAUCCCGGAAUCAAGCGCGUCUGGACGAAGGACUCGGGGUCAAAGUAUAUCAAGCACCAAGAGUCGGGUGCCGGCUGGGCUGAGCUUCGACCACGGGAAGAAAGGUUUGGACAAAGGGAAAGGGAAAGAAGACAUGGCUCCAACGGAAACCAAGCAGGAGGAGAGAGAUGGGGCCGGAUUUUCUCCCGACUUGGAACGAGGACCGGAUGUGAUGGACGCCCGGCAGUCAAUAGGAUCACGGAUAUCCGGCAUUGGUUCUGCCAUUUCAUCAGAUGACUCGGAUAUUUUGGGGGAUCCUGACCAGCAACCAGACGCUGGCGACGAAUGGGGACCUCAGCACGCUUGCUACCCGCACCUCAACCCGCACGUCCCCCUGGAUUCUCCUGAAUACAUUAAUACGCGAAUUAUCCGAGUCCGUCGAGAUUGGCUACUGGAGGGUGAUCUGGCUCCUACGUUCUCAAACCUGUACCCCGAAAUCCUCGAGCCGGCAGGGUUAUCAGAGCAAGAGUUUCGGCGUGUGAUCCAAAAGCUGAACUCCGAGCUUGUGCCGAUAUUUAGUCCAUACAACUGGCGCAACAUUUUGGACGGCAUUCUGGGUCUUGCAACAGGCUGGCUAUGGGAAGACUUUGGGUUUACCGGUGUAAAGGCACGGUUGCAAAGGCUCGAAAAUUGGAUUGAACAGUGGAACAAAGAGAUGGAGAAGACGGUGGGUAGUGAAGAUGGCACAAUCCCCCCCAAGAUCGUGCCACUGAAGAGGACCGGUUACAUGACACUGGAUAUUCAAAUACCGGAUCCCGAGAUUGCCCCUGCACCACCUACACCGGGUGCCUCUCGCGGGACUGACGGGGCCAUACAAGUUGAGCCUGUCGAACAUCCGCAACAACCACCAGCUGUAACUGUCUUGUGA